GCGUUCUCGCCGUCUAACGUAUUGAGAAAGGACCCCGGUGUGUCACCCGAAUCGCCGCCGGCAGGACUACGUCCACGACCGCGUUGAAGCAGCCGACGGAACGGGAGAGCCGAGUCGCAGCCGAAGUGACGUGUGAGGUCGACGAAUGGUGAGCGGUCUCCGGGGGGAGUCAGCCGACGGGACGUCAUAGGAAGUCGCUUCACGGUGGGAUUUGACGGAAGAUGCUGAAUAAACGGGAGCUGCUGCUUUCCCAGAGACAGUUCAGUGAAGAUGAGACCAUGGUCCCGGUACUGACCUCAAAGAAAGCCAGCGAGCUUCCCGUCCACGAAGUCCUCUGUGUGCUGCAGGCCGAUCUGCAGGUGGGUCUGAACCAGGAGGAGGUGAGCAGGAGGAGAGCCUACCACGGCUGGAAUGAGUUUGACAUCAGUGAGGACGAGCCGCUAUGGAAGAAAUACAUCUCCCAGUUCAAAGACCCUCUCAUCCUACUGUUGCUGGCCUCGGCCGUCAUCAGCGUUCUCAUGCACCAGUUUGAUGACGCCAUCAGCAUCACUGUGGCCAUCAUCAUAGUGGUGACCGUGGCUUUUGUCCAGGAGUAUCGUUCGGAGAAGUCUCUGGAAGAGUUGGGAAAGUUGGUUCCUCCAGAAUGUCACUGUUUAAGAGAUGGCAACCUGCAGCAACUGCUGGCCAGAGACUUGGUUCCCGGAGACACCGUCUGUCUGUCUGUUGGGGAGAGGGUCCCAGCGGACCUCCGUCUGGUGGAGGCCACAGACCUGUCUGUGGAUGAAUCCAGUCUUACAGGUGAGACGUCUCCCUGCUCAAAGUCUUGCGUCCACCAGCUGUCCUCCAACGGAGAUAUCACCUCCCGCAGCAACGUGGCCUUCAUGGGGACACUGGUGCGCUGUGGCAGAGGCAAGGGCAUCGUCAUCGGGACUGGAGAGAACUCUGAGUUCGGGGAAGUUUUCAAGAUGAUGCAAGCAGAAGAGGCUCCUAAAACUCCGUUACAGAAGAGCAUGGACCUGCUGGGGAAGCAGCUCUCGCUUUACUCGUUCGGCAUCAUAGGGGUCAUCAUGCUGGUGGGAUGGAUGCAGGGGAAGAGGAUCCUGGACAUGUUCACCAUCGGCGUGAGCCUGGCGGUAGCUGCCAUCCCGGAGGGUUUACCCAUCGUGGUGACGGUGACGCUGGCACUGGGUGUGAUGCGCAUGGUGAAGAAACGAGCCAUUAUCAAGAAGCUUCCCAUCGUGGAGACUCUGGGUUGCUGCAACGUCAUCUGUUCAGACAAGACGGGAACCCUGACCAAGAACGAGAUGACCGCCACUCAGCUGUUCACGUCGGAUGGACUCCACGCGGAGGUGACGGGCGUCGGCUACAACGGGUCAGGAGAAGUCCUCCUGGACGGAGAGGUCGUCCACGGCUUCUCGUGCCCGUCCAUGAGCAAGAUCGUCGAGGUUGGCUGUGUGUGCAACGACUCGGUCAUCAGGAAUCACAAUGUGCUCGGACGACCAACGGAGGGAGCGCUCAUCGCCCUCGCCAUGAAGAUGGGUCUUGAGAGCCGGCAGCAGGAGUACAUCCGCCUGGAGGAGCGACCUUUCACCUCGGAGCAGAAGUGGAUGUCCGUUCGUUGUGUUCAUCGCACGCUGCAGGAUAAACCAGGUGUGUUCUUUGUGAAAGGAGCUUACGAGCAGGUGAUUGGCCUCUGCAGCUCGUACAACAGCAGAGGAAGCGCUCUGUCUCUGAGCCACCAGCAGAGGGAGCUGUACCAGCAGCAGAUCAGCUACAUGGGGUCAGCUGGUCUGAGAGUUCUGGCCUUCGCCUCCGGCUCUCAGAUGGGGAACCUGACAUUUGUGGGUCUGGUGGGCAUCAUCGACCCGCCGAGGUCAGGGGUCAAAGAAGCUGUGGCGAUGCUCAUCAGCUCUGGAGUUGCCAUCAAGAUGAUCACUGGAGACUCCCAGGAGACUGCCGUGUCCAUAGCCAGUCGUCUGGGUCUGUUCUCUAAAGGCUCUCAGUGUUUGUCCGGAGACGAGGUGGACCGCCUGGACCUGCAGCAGCUGUCCGACAUUGUCACCAGAAUUGCCGUAUUUUAUCGAGCGAGUCCUCGGCACAAGCUGAAGAUCGUCAAGUCCCUCCAGAACAUCGGCGCUGUGGUGGCCAUGACAGGCGACGGGGUGAAUGACGCCGUGGCCUUGAAGGCCGCUGACAUUGGCGUCGCGAUGGGCCAGACGGGCACUGACGUCUGCAAGGAGGCGGCCGACAUGAUACUGGUGGACGACGACUUCCAGACCAUCAUGUCCGCCAUCGAGGAAGGAAAAGGAAUCUACAACAACAUCAAAAACUUUGUGCGCUUCCAACUGAGCACGAGCAUUGCGGCUCUGACACUCAUCUCCUUGGCGACGCUGAUGAACUUCCCCAACCCGCUGAAUGCCAUGCAGAUCCUGUGGAUCAACAUCAUCAUGGACGGCCCCCCGGCUCAGAGUCUGGGCGUAGAGCCGGUGGACCGUGACGUCAUCAGGCAGCCCCCCCGUGAUGUCAGAGACAGCAUCAUCACCCGCAGCCUGCUGGUCAAGGUGCUGGUGUCUGCAUUCGUCAUCGUGUGCGGGACACUGUUUGUCUUCUGGAGAGAGUUGCAGGACAACGUGAUCACUCCUCGAGACACCACCAUGACCUUCACCUGCUUCGUCUUCUUCGACAUGUUCAACGCCCUGAGCUCUCGAUCGCAGACCCGCAUGGUCCAUGAACUGGGUCUGUGCAGUAACAGGACCUUCUGCUACGCGGUCCUGGCCUCCAUCAUGGGGCAGAUGCUGGUCAUCUACUUCCCCCCUCUGCAGAGAGUCUUCCAGACAGAGAGCCUCAGCCUCUUUGACCUGCUGUUCCUGGUGACGCUGACCUCCUCGGUGUGUCUGGUGUCCGAGGCCAUAAAGACGGUGGAGAGGUGGAGAGGGGCCCAGAGGCCUCUACCUUCCGACUGCUUUCACGAGGUAUGACCCCCUCAGCCCCCGCACCCCCACCAUCUAAAGGACUCUGAGGAUGAGUUUUACGGUUCAUCAAGUCUGAGGUCUUCUGGAGAAACUCUGGGCUGUGACCAGAGGAGCCACCCAGUCUCACCUGGAGGAUCUUGACCCAGGAUCUGCUAAGAGUCGAUCCGGACUGUCUGGAGAAACCACCUCACCUCCAAAUCUGCUCCUCUUGUUCAGCACCAGCACUCUGAAGAAAACCCUGUGAAGAGUCGAGUGCAAUUCUUUUUUUUUUUUUUUUUGUGAUCUCCUGGUUAGAAGGUGUCGACCACUAUCGUGCUUUGGAUUCCUCUGUAGAAGGUUUAGGGUUAGUGGAGCUGUAACGGGACAAAGCGGUACUUCAGGGCCUCGUUUCUGCUGUAAACAUGAAGCACUGAAAUGGUCUUCCUGUGUGCACAUGAACUUUACUUUUACUAUCAAACUCUAAUCUUCUGCUUCAGCUGACGAAGUCGAACAGACCCCUGACAAAUAGUUCUAGGUAAAGGUGCACACCUGGAGAAAGGGGGUGUGUGUAAUAGCUCAUGGAUGAGUUUUUCUUCUCUUGAAUCUGUUUUUCUGAAGGUGAAAUUAUAUAAACAUUAAGAAAGAAUCAACAACUAGCUACAAACUGCUCAUUUGUGUUUAAUGCAGUUUGUGUUUUUAUUUUACGAUUCCACCGUUUUAAAAGUAUGUUUAACACUGAUAUUAUUAGUUAUUAUUAAGCCGGGCUUCUGUUUAAGAUUAUUCAUUUAAUUUUCUUUUUGUCAUUGAGCUCUUUCAGACAUUUAAAUUCAAGUUCUAUAACUGGGUUUUCUUUUGACUACGUCCGACAGCUUGUUUUCAUUUCAGGGUUCACAAUGAAGUCGUUUUGAUUUAUUAUCCAUUUGUCGCUCACUAUGGACUUUUACUUUUGGGUUUUCUAAUCAAUGAUGCUAACGUUAGCUCCGUGCGCUAGCUCACCUGAGUAGUACGAGUUGGCUCCGUUGUCUUUGGCAACUUUCGGUUGACAUUGUGAUUAUUGUUACUAUUUAAUUAUAAGACAAACAAAGAACUUGAGUAAAUUAUUAUUUUUUUCUUUUUUCUUUUUGGACCAAAUGAACCAAACUACAGGUGAAAGUCACACGAGUUCUGUUCUGUUUGUGAUCUGCUCUUCUUGUUUCUUCGUUUCAAUAAACAGAUACUUUAGUGACCAAGUUCUCCCGACUAUAUGAACCUGAACCGGCCCUAAAUGUACGGAAAAUGAGGAAGAUCUGCCAACUGGCCUGGGGGACGAAAAUGUCAGACCGGCCCCCUCCAAGCAUCUCACGGAUGGACCAGCCAGUGGCCUGCUGGGAAAAUACCCACACACUCAUUUUGGCUGAUUUACAAAGAAAUGACACCAAAGAAAUGUUAUUUGUGUGGAUGGACACAUGGCGCGUAUCACUUUUAUUUCAGGCAGGAUGGGUUCUG